AUGGACACCCAGAAGUUCUUAGGCCUCUUCGAGGAAAUCCUUGCACCGGAUACAAAUCGAGUGAAAAAAGCGACAGCGACUCUCCGCACGGAUUACUAUCCACUGCCCGAGUCACUCACAAUUCUCCUGCAGUUGAUACUCUCAGACCAAGCUUCUCCACUUCGACAGCUAGCUGCCACCCAGGCCCGAACCCUCGUACCAAAGCAUUGGAAAAGUUUGUCCGCCGCUCAAAAAUCUCAAUUUCGCCAGCAACUUUUGCAGGGCACGCUACAAGAAGAGGAGCAGCUAGUCAGACAUGCGGCCUCCCGAGUCAUCACUGCUAUUGCGAAGAUAGAUCUGGAGAAUGGGGAGUGGCAGGAUGUCUUCAAUGUCUUGCUACGAGCUGCGAAUAAUCCCAGCGUACGGCAACGAGAAGUGGGAACCUACCUUCUCUUCACAUGUCUGGAAUCCAUGGGGGAAACGCUUAUGCAUCGAUUCCAAGAUGUUUUGACCACCUUCUCCAAGACGAUACGCGACCCGGAGAGCGCAGAAGUACGGAUCAACACCAUGCUGGCAAUGAGCAGACUCGCAAUAGUCUUGGACACAGAUAACGAUGAGCCAUCACUUCGAUUGCUGCAAGAAGCCAUACCUCAAAUGGUGGCUGUGCUCAAGCAGGCUGUCAGCGACGGCGAUGAAGACCGUACUACCCAAGCAUUUGAGGUCUUCCAAACCUUGCUCGGGUGCGAUUCCUCGGUUCUCAACAAGCAUUUUGGCGACCUUGUCCAGUUCAUGAUCAACCUCGCAGCACAGCGAACGCUGGAUGAAGAUGCCAGAACUCAAGCGCUGAGCUUCUUGAUGCAGUGCAUUAGGUACCGCAAAUUGAAGAUGCAGGCUCUGAAAGUUGGAGAACAGAUCACACUGAAAUGCCUGGAGAUAGCAUGCGAGCUUGGCGAUGCAUCUGCAGAUGACGAGGACGUUACCACCCCACGGUCAGCGCUUGGACUACUCGACGAGAUGGCCGCGAGUCUACCACCCAACCAGGUGGUAGUUCCCCUACUACACGCUCUCGGCCAAUACGUCAACAGCCCGGACCCUGACAGGAGACAAGCUGGCAUCAUGGCAUUGGGGAUGUGCGUUGAGGGAGCUCCCGAAUUCAUUAACACUCAGUUGAAAGAGAUUCUUCCCUUGAUCAUGCGAUUGAUUGACGACAGCGAUCCAAGGGUGCGACGUGCGGCAAUGGAAGGUGUGAUGCGAUUGGCCGAAGAGCUUCCAGAGGAACUUGGAAAAGAGCACAAGAAUUUAAUGCCGACCCUAGUCAAGCAGAUGGACAUUGCAAUGAGAAACCUGAGCGGCCCAGACGACAAGCAAAAUCUGGACAUCAUUAAGACAAGUGUCACUUGCAUAGACGUUGUCGUUGAAGGCUUGGAUUCGGAAGACAUCAAACCGUAUCUGUCUGAGCUAAUGCUCCGGCUGAGCAAACUCUUCUCGAGUGACAUCUUCAAAAUUAAAAUUGCAGCCAUCUCAGCGACAGGCGCCAUCGCUGCCUGCGCCAAAGAGGCAUUUCUACCAUAUUUUGAACAGACGAUGGACUCAUUAUCUGCAUACGUUGAAAUCAAAGACAGCGCAGAGGAACUCGACCUACGCUCUUCAACAUGUGAUGCCAUGGCCAGCAUGGCACUGGCUAUAGGGCCGAAGCCCUUUCAGCGUUAUGUCCAGCCUCUCAUGCAGGCAACAGACGAAGGGUUGCACCUUGAUCAUCCCCAGCUAAAAGAGACGAGCUUCCUCUUUUGGGCCAUGAUGGCGAAAGUCUACAAAGGCGAGUUCAAACCUUUCUUAGAAGGUGUACUGAAGGCGCUGUUCGAGAGCCUAGAGACCGAGGAGUCUGAGCUUGAAGUCGAUCUUGGUGACGAAGCGGAAGAUCUAGCAGGUAAAGAGAUCACGAUUGGUGGGAAGAAGAUCAAAAUAUCUGCCUUGACCGAAGACGACAUCAUAGCGGCUGAUGACAUUGAAGACCUUGACGACGAAGCUGCAGCUGCCGGAAGCGAUGACGAUUGGGAUGACUUGGAUGUCGUGACCGCAGUUGCCCAGGAGAAGGAGGUCGCCGUCGAGGUGCUGGGAGACAUAUUGACUCACACGACUCAAAGCUAUAUCCCGUACAUGGAGAAAACCAUCGAAAUUGUUGUUCCUUUGCUGGAGCAUUCCUAUGAAGGUGUCCAGAAAGCUGCCAUCAGUACCCUGUUCCGAGCAUACACUGCCGUCUGGGAACUUCAGCCAGAUGCGAUGAAGAACGACACUCCUGGUCUGCCCAUGGAUCCUGAACCCAGCCCACAGAUCAAGAAGCUGGGAGAGAUUAUUAUGACGGGUACUCUGGCCAUAUGGCAAGAAGAGGAGGACAGAGCCACUGUGACCGAAAUCAAUCGCUCCCUUGCCGCCACUCUCAAAGUCACAGGCCCCUCCUUGAUCGCCGACACCGCCGCGCUCAAGAAUGUCACCGAGAUCCUAGUUGCAAUUCUCACCAAAGCUCACGCUUGCCAGAAAGAUUUCGGCGACGAAGAAGACCUGAGCUCUCUCGACGGGACAUCCGAAUCUGAUUGGGUCACCAUCGAUACCGCUCUUGACGUCGUCAUCGGCAUUGCGAACGCUCUCGGCGAGACAUUUGGCCAGUUAUGGAAGAUCUUCGAGAAGCCCGUCCUGGCAUUUGCCAGCGGCAGCGAAGGCUACGAGCGAAGCACCUCCGUGGGCACGAUUGCUGAAUGCAUCAAGGCAAUGGGCACCUCAGUCACUCCGUUUACUAGCCAUUUGCUCAAGCUACUGCUCCACCGUAUGAGCGACGAGGACAGCGAGGCCAAGUCCAACGCUGCCUAUGGUAUCGGCUUGCUGCAGGAGGGCUCGAAGAACGACAAGGAGAUCCUGAAGGCUUUCCCCACUAUCCUCAGCAAGCUAGAGCCCUUACUGCAGACGGAUGAGGCCCGAGCCAAGGACAAUGCGGCCGGGUGCGUGAGCCGUAUGAUCAUGCGACAUCCUUCAAAUAUGCCAGUGGAACAAGUCCUACCCGCACUCUUAGAAAUUCUCCCAUUGAAGAACGACUUCGACGAGAACGUACCUGUCUACGACAUGGUCGUCAAGCUCUACCAAGAAUCCAACUCAACAAUGAUCUCCCUAACCCCAACCCUCCUCCCCAUCCUCGCCGAAGUCAUGGCGCCCAAACCCCCGGGCCAGCUCAAAGACGCCACGCGCGAGAAACUGACCGAGCUGGUCAAAUUCCUCGCUACGAAGCAGCCGGCGGAAGUGAGGAAGUAUGAGAGUCUUGCUGCUUUGGUGUAG